UUUUUUUUUUUUGGUUGGUUGGGCUUUUUCAAAUUUCAAUGGCGUUUCUGGACGACGUUGCGAGCAUCACGCGACAGGUGCAGUUUGCGUGGAUGACGAGCGAUGACACGGGACUGUCUGGGAUGGUGAUUGCCGCGCCAGGCCCGAGCGCGCAGCACCUGCAGACGGUUGUGCAGCCGGGAUUGUCUGCGUACGGAGCCAAGGCGCGAAUGCCGCUGGCGAACGGCGGGAUGGCGCUGCUCCUCGGCGGCGACGGCGGCCUCAUCUGCACUGGCGGCGGUCCCGUACGCACUGCUGGCGCGGGCAACAACGGCGGCGGCGGCGGCGGCGGUGGAAGCAGCAGCAGCGCGGCAGACGCGCUUCAAAAGCUCAAUCUCGCACCGACAGCCUCCGAAGUCACGACCCCGCUGGGCGUUGCGCUGCUGCUUGCAACGGGUGGCGGAAACCUGAAUGUCUCGCUGACGGGAAGCAGCCACGGCGGCGGCAGUGGCGGCGGCAAUGGCAGCGUCGCGGGGACGGGCGGGCACAACAGCCCUCACCCGAGCUCGAAUGCACUCCUCCAGUCUGCGACCGGCUACGGGGACGACACCCAGUACGCGCAGUCGUUUGACAUCUCAAUGAGCCCGCGCUUGGACUUUCUGGGCCCAGCGCGCCGCCACGUCGGCAAGUCGGCCAACGAGCACCCGAUGGCCCAAACAAAGGUGGUCAAUUUCAAAGACCUGGGCAAGGGUGCUACAGGCGGCUCGUCGUCGUCGUCGUCGUCAUCAUCAUCUUCUGGCGCUAGCAAAUCGUCAUCAGGGGCGGGUGCCGAAGGUGACGCAUUCGCGCGGGUGGCGGUGCCGACCAGCGUUGGCCCGGCAACUGCGCCCUCCAAAUUGUCCCAGCUGCUCAAGUCAACUGCCUCUAGCGGAGGUAAAAACACAUUCUCCGAGUAUAGCCAGUUCAGCGGCGAAGGCCACGUUGGCAUUGCUCGCACCGUCAAGCUCGAAAUCUUCUUCCCAACCGCCAAGGACACCCCGGCAAUCGCCCCCAUCAACAUCAUUGCCCUCGGAACGGCCACUGUGGAACAGGUGCUUGGCUUGAUCAUGUGGAAGUACACCAAGGACGAUCGGCAACCCAAACUCGCAGGCAACAUGGACUCGUACUGUUUGCGCAUGGUUGAGGACGACGGCACGCCCGAUAUGGACUUCCCGGCGCUGGACCGCAAGCAGCCCAUCCAAAAGUUCGGCUUUGACCAGUUGGCCUUCUGCGAGGGCCCGCGAUUCAACCGCAACACGCGACGGAUUAUGCGCCCAGAGAGCAAGCACACAACCACCUUUGUUCACGUCUACCUGCCAAACCAAGGCUGCAGCAUUGUCAGUGUCAAGUCCUUUGAUGUUCUGCUCAAGGAUGUGCUCGCGAACGUGCGCAAAAAGCGUCAGCUCCCAAAAGACCAGCACACGCUUGAACUCGUCGAUGCGCCUGGAGAAGAGCUCGAUCUAAACCAAACCCUUCAGAGUAUAGGGACGACCAAGUUCAACCUCAUCCACAAAUUCAGCAAACGCAUGGACCUUGUGGACGCCGAUGCAGUUGCCGACAAGCAAAAGACUGACGAUGUCGAUUUUUCGCUGACAGUGCACCAAUACAAGUCCUUUUUCGUGUACAUCAAGCACAAGUUCAGCGCAAACCAGGAAGUCAUGCUCGGAAUUGAUGGGAACAAGGUCGAUAUUAUUCCUCAAAGUACUCAGGGCUUCUUUGCCAAGACCAAGCUAGUAUCGUAUCAGAUGGACGAUAUUGUCUUGUGUCAACCCAUAGACGAAAAGUCCAAAACACUCAAGCCCGGCGUUUCGACAAAGUCCUUCCGAUUUGUCUACUAUAACGGAAACGAGUUUAAGAGCAACUACUUUGAUGCGAAAGGCGCCGAAGAAGCAAAGGAAAUUGUGACCAAGAUUAACUACAUUUUGCAAUCUCGAGUCAGUGAAACUCGAGCGCUGUAUGCUCAGCAGCAGGAUGAUGCCAACAAGAAAGCCAAAAAGCUAUAAGAUACCUGCGUGGGGUUUUGUUUUGUUUUUGUUGUUGUUGUUGAUGUUGUUGUCGUUGUUGUUGGUGGUGGUGGAUUUUGAUCAAUACAGUUUCCAACUAAAG